GAGUGACGCCACCGACGCCAAGGAGGAAAAAUCGCAGCUGAACUGGCAGAACGCCGCGGCCCGGCGGCGCAGCGUAGAGCACGCCGUCAACUCGGCUCCAGCCUCGAGCGGCCCACCAGCAGCCCCAUCGGCAGCAGGAGCGGCAGUGGAGUGGGCCGGACCCCCCCGUCCCACCUAUCGCCACCACGGCUGCCACUCGUCGGCCUCGUCGUGCUGCUACUCGUGGCGGGAGGGGCCCGAGCUAGCUCGGCGUUUGGCAGCCUCGGGCCUGCCGCUGCUGCUGCCGUGGAUGACGGUAUUGGACUCGUUGGCGCGAGCGUGAGGAGCAACACCCGGGGUGGCCGAGGUGCCGAUGAACCGUCCCCGUCCAACGACUGUUAUGGGGAUCGAGGCGAGGUGGGCCGACGGUACGAGGACGAGGACGAAGCUGUCGCUCGCGGUGGCCGUCUCGCCCACCACAAGGAUACGGCUGGCCUGCUCCUUCGUUACCUAGAGGCUGGCGAGUUGCCGGAAGGUGACUCUGGCCAAACCGAAACUCAAAGCAUUGCCAGUAGUAUUAAGGACAAAAGAUCGGUAUCCGAGCGGUCGGAGCAAGAGGAUCAAAGGGUGGAGGUGGUGCUGGAUAAAGUUGGCUCGGAGACGACGAGUACAUUGAGGGUGAGGCGCGCCCGGCGUGAGGUGCGGAGCAUGCCGAAGUCGGACCAGGACACGGGCAGCAGCAAGCACACGAGGGUGUCGGGAAACAAUAGCAAUAAUAAUUAUAAUAAUUAUAAUAAUUAUAAUAAUAAUCAUAAUUAUAAUAAUCGUAAUAUUGAUAUCAACGUGGAUAUUGAUACGAAACAUAAAAGUAAGAGGCAUCGGGAGGAAGUUGAGGAAAGGUUCGCCAUGUCAUUGGGGGAUGCCGCGGCUUUGGUGGCGGUGAUCAAUGCGACCGCUAUGUCGCCCACGGGAUUCGUUACGAGCGUCAACGAAUCCGAGGUACACGGGAAUCAGACGACCGAUGGGAUCGAGGAGUUCGACAUGUCCAGAGCCGUGAUACUGGGCUGCAUCCUGGGCUCGAUCAUAGCAACAGCGAUAUUCGGCAACCUGUUGGUGAUAGUCUCGGUGAUACGUCACCGCAAGCUGCGAAUCAUAACGAAUUACUUCGUCGUGUCGUUGGCCCUGGCCGAUAUGCUCGUCGCGAUGUUUGCCAUGACCUUCAACGCGAGCGUUCAAAUAAUGGGACGUUGGUUGUUCGGUUACUUUAUGUGCGACGUGUGGAACUCGCUGGACGUGUACUUCAGCACGAGCUCGAUCCUCCAUCUGAUGUUCAUUUCGGUGGAUCGAUACUACGCCAUCGUCAAGCCCCUCAGCUAUCCGACCAGCAUAACAAAGCGCGUCGCUCUGUUCAUGCUGUUGGCCUGCUGGAUAUCACCGGCCAUCAUAUCCUUCGUACCCAUUUUCAAUGGAUGGUACACGACUGAGGAAAACGACCAGUUCAGGCACGCUCAUCCGGACGAGUGCAUGUUUAGGGUCAACAAGGGUUACGCAAUACUGUCGUCCAGUAUAUCGUUUUGGAUACCCUGCACCAUAAUGACUCUCACGUAUUACUCGAUAUUCCGGGAGGCGAAUCAGCAAGAGAAACAAAUGCACGCUCGUAUGGGCACGGCGAUACUGCUGAGCCACAGGCCGAGCAGAGACAACGUCAACGGCGAGAUCAAUAGUGGCGGUGGCUCAUCUAAGACUCUAACGCUUAACGAAGUAAGCGGCGCGGCGGAGCACCUGCACACACCAACGAAGGACAAGAACAUAAUGAAGAUGAAGCGCGAGCACAAGGCCGCGCGCACCCUUGGCAUAAUAAUGGGCACGUUCAUAGCGUGCUGGCUGCCCUUCUUCAUCUGGUACCUGACGACCUCGCUCUGCGGGCCCAACAUCUGUCCCUGUCCCGACAUCGUGGUCUCCCUGCUCUUUUGGAUCGGCUACACCAAUUCCGCGCUCAAUCCCCUCAUUUACGCCUACUUCAAUCGUGACUUCCGGGAGGCGUUCAAAAACACUCUGCAGUGCGCCUUUUGCUCCCUAUGCCGUCGCGAGCCAUCCGAUCUCGAAGCUCUCGAGUGCCGUAGGUCGUCGAUCAGAUGGUGUUGCAGGUACGACGACCGCACCAAGAGCAUAUACUCGGAGACGUACAUCAAGCACAAUGACCGGCGCACGUCCAGCGACUUUGGCAGCAGUCUCUGAGACGAGAGGAAACGUAGCUUUAAGUCGCCCUCCUUGCCCCUGAUAACCCUCCAGCCGCCACCCCCGAACGUCUCUCGACACUAGGCACCAAAGGCCCCGAGAGAGCACACACAUAUGUACACAUAAUCACCCACACACGCGAGAAGCCGCUCUUCAAUCCAAUCUUCAUUGACGAGGUCAUCAUCAGUAUAUACUCUUCCCCACAUCGUAGCCGCUCACCGUUGUCACCCCCGUCAACGUGUAUAGUCGCUGUUACGUAACCUCGACGCCCUUCGUGCUCUCUCUCUAUCUCCAUCUCCGUGUACACCUCUCGCCUGCGAAAUGUAUUUCUCGACGAAAAUAUAUACCUACUUACUUGCAUACCCAUACUUACAUGAAGCAAAAGUAUACACGCAGCAAUCACUCAGAGGUCACACGUAUACGCGUACGUGUAUAUAUAUAAAUAAAUAGAUACACGUUUUUAAUUGAAGAAUUAUUAUUAUUAAAAACAAAAGAAAACAAAAAAGCAUAGAAAAAUAUUGGUAUACACCUACACCGGAGACACGUAGAAUAUGUUUGUGGUGUAACAAAGUCGUCGUUGUCGUCUCUAUUCUCUUGGCGAAUCAUGAAUUUGUAAAAAAAAAAAAAAAAAAAAAAAA